AUGCUUCCACGGGAACCGUACAAGGGCUUAACGCGAAAGCUAGUACUUGCAUUUGAUGUCGGGACCACGUUCAGUGGAGUCUCGUAUUGUAUGCUAGACCCAGGGGAGGUGCCUGUAAUUCGAGGAGUAGCAAGAUAUCCCGCCCAAGAACAUGUCGGAGGUGACUCCAAAAUACCAUCAAUUCUCUACUACGACCUUGAUGGAGACGUCCGCGCUGUGGGUGCUGAGGCUCUACAAGAGCAUAUCAUCGAACAGGCAGAAGACGAGGGAUGGGUGAGACUUGAAUGGUAUGUGUGGAAACUUCAUCUUCGCCCCAAACAUCUGGCAUCGUCUGACAUACGGGUCAAGCCUCUCCCACGAGGCAAAUCCGCAGUAGAAGUCCUUGCUGACUUCAUGCGCUACCUCUUCCAAUGUGCUCGGACUUACAUCCAGGAAUCACAUUUGAAUUUCUGGAGAUCGGUCGAGAACUCUAUUGAGUUCGUGCUCACACAUCCGAACGGUUGGGAAGGCCAACAACAACAACAAAUUAGACGCGCUGUCGAGCUCGCUGGUCUCAUCUCAUCUAAAGACGAGCAAUCUCACGUGCACCUCUUGACUGAGGGCGAAGCGAGUCUUCAUUUCUGUGUUACCAACGUGAUUGCAUCGGAUAUAUUCUCUGAAACCCCUAUAGAUGUGUCAGCUUACUCCGACGAGGAGGAAGAUCAAUCUGACAGCCAAGGAGUCAUUGUUAUUGAUGCCGGAGGCGGAACCAUCGAUCUCAGCGCCUACUCGAUGAAGUUAUCUCCAACCUCGUUUGAGGAGAUUGCCCCAGCUGAAUGUCGCCUACAAGGCUCUGUCUUUGUUACUGAUCGCGCUCAAACUCUUUUACAAAAGAAACUUUCGGGUUCGAACUACUCCAGCCCUGAUAUCAUCGACGAAAUGACGAAGAUAUUUGAUAAAAGCACGAAGCUUCGGUUCCGUAAGCCUGAUGAACCAUCGUAUAUCAAGUUUGGUACCACCCGUGACAAGGAUCCGAAGUACGACAUUCGAUCAGGGCAAUUGAAGUUGGUCGGCCAAGACGUCGCGAAUUUGUUUGAACCAUCCAUCGAAGCCAUCAUUGAAGCUUUUGAGCAGCAGCGACGCGCGGCUUCGACUCCAGUCAAUUUCGUUUGUUUGGUUGGUGGUUUCGCUGCCAGCGACUGGCUGUUUGCGAGACUCCAGGAAUAUUUUUUGCCUCUAGGCAUAAGCUUCUGUCGUCCUGAUGCCCAUGCCAACAAGGCUGUUGCUGAUGGGGCAAUUUCGUUCUACAUUGACCACCUAGUCUCAUCUCGAGUUGCACGCGUUACUUACGGCAUUGAAUGCACUAAUCGGUACGACUCUCAAAAUCCUGAACACCUGGCUCGACGACAUAAAACCAUCAUCGGUAUAAACGGCGAAAAGUACUUAUCCGAUUGUUUUGGAAGUAUCUUGCUGAAGGGAACUCAAGUAUCUGAGCUACGCGAAUUCCGGAAGUCCUUCUCUACUACCUCAAAGUCGCUCGCUGCAUGCAAGAGUCACAGCGCUGAAAUAAUGUGCUAUAAGGGUGCCCUCCAGGAGCCACGGUGGUUGGACACGGAACCGUCCUCAUUCACCACUCUAUGCACGAUCCAUGCCGACCUCAGCGAGCUAUCCCGAACACUGCGUCCCAAAAGAUCGGCUUUCAAUCAAUCGAAGUAUUAUCAGUAUGAAUUCGACGUCAUCAUUUUAUUCGGCCACACAGAACUGAAAGCACAGAUCAGUUGGGAAGAAAAGGUUCGCGACUCAUUUCAUUGAUUCACUUCCUCGCUGAUCGAGAACGUUGCAAAGGGUGUUCGAAUGCGGUAAGCCCAACUCACAGUUUUCUGAUUCUGUUGCCUUAAUUUAUCAUAGGAGCCCAGCAAGUAUAGUCUACGACGAGUAGUGUCAAGACCAAAUUGUAGCUCAGCUCUUUGCACAUGCUGUAGCUACAGAAGCGUGUUAGCAUCAUGUAGGACCGUCGUGUCAUCUGAAUCACCUGUAUCUAUGUUGCCUCAAAUAUUAUCGGGC